UCGCUUCGAGCAAAAAUGAUCGAAACAUUUCUGAUAUAUCACGCAGAGAUCGGUCAGUUCAUUUCAAAACUUCAUCCAGAGACCUAUACGUACAUUCGACAAAUUUGAAUAAUGCUAAAUGACUAUUUCCAAUUUUUCGCGCUUUUCUUCAUAAUAUUCUGGCAAGAACAUGAAGCGGUAAAAGAUAUCAAUCAAAUUUUUUUAUCCGAGGACUUGGUGCCAAAAUUUAUCCCACAUGCGCCUAAAGAAUACUGUACGGUGAUAUUUCAACCGAACGUAAUUAUUUCGACGGGCGAACAUUAUCGCCAAUAUCAAACGUUGAAUGAACCCGAAGUUCGCUGGAAUGCAUCGGAUGACAAAUUUUAUACAUUGUACCUGGCAGGGGUAAGCAAUAUCGAUUUCGUAUAUCCGGAUCAAGUAUUCGUUUGCGAACCAAAUCGUUUUCCUAGAGGAGAAUGGAUUCAAUGGAUUGUAACCGAUAUUCCAGGAGAGAAAAUUUCCAAGGGGAAAAUUCUAUAUCCGUUUGCGAAUUUCUCAAAUCCAUCGGAUAUAGUGAGACAAGCUUACGUAUUCCUAGUUUUUGAACAUGUACAAAAACCCAUGCUUGAAAUCAAAAAUGAAAAACAGAAGCAGCAAAGAUUCACCUAUGCGCAUUUGGAGCAUGACUUUACACCAGUACGUCACUUCAUGAAAAAAUUGAAAAAUGCUACUUUAUUGGCUGGAAACUUCUUUUAUCUAAUUUUGGAUCCUAUAUCUUCAACUCGCGUUCCUCAAGAAAAAACUACCAUCACUUCAUAAAUGAUCGAGGAUUAUUCAAAUCACUCGAUUCGUUAAAAUGAAUACGUACGAGUAUGCACUAACGACUAACGAGUUUGUUCAAAUUUCAAACAACUGCGGGAAAAAACACGAACAAUCGAAUCAAAAAAAAUAUAGGCAUUUUAACAUUUUA